UUAAUAGCAGUAAUUGAAUUACAGACAUUUAGAAGACAUACUGUCUGUGUAAUGCAGUUGCUUUACACACUGUUUUAUGAAGACUGUCAUUCUGGCAGAUUUCUUAAAAAAAGAGCCCUUUUCUAACAAAUGUCAGUGGAAGUGGGACUGGUGGAAAUGGUAAUGACAGGACUACAACAUGAAGAUUUACAGCUUGGACAUUGCACAGAUAUGAAAGAGCAUGAAAGCAUGGAAAAUACACCAUCUGACCAAGAACUAAAGGGUAGCCUUGGUAAUAUUCCCACAGUGCUGGUGGAAGCAGAGCCAAACCCACAACCCCAGGACAGCAGGGAGCUUGAGAGACAGCUACAGCGGACACCUAGUUUUGGGAAAAGUGUCACAUUUCUCCUACCCCCCAUUACAAUUGAGGACAAUGUGCCCCAAGAGGAAGAGGUGCUCUUCUAUCAGGCUGUCGAAGAGGUACUAGGAUAUAGAAUCUUCAAUUUCAAACAGCUCUUUUUUUCUGACGAGUGGACAGACAUAACAGAUGAUAAGCUUUUAAAAAAGAAAAUCUUGAAGGCAGGACAUGGAAAGGCCACAAUACCUCUGCCUGGGCAAGAAGUCACUGUCCACCUCAUGGGAAUUUUGGAGGAUGGAAGCCUGGUGGAAAAAGAUCCAAAAUUGUCUUUUGUUCUCGAUGAAGGGGAUGUCAUACAGGCCCUGGAACUUGGUGUUCGGACUAUGCAGCUUGGAGAAGUGGCAUUUCUCCUGACAAACAGCCUUUAUGCCUUUGGACUUCUGGGGAGAGACCCAGACAUCCCAUCAGAUGCCUCUUUACUAUAUAAAGUGACUUUGCUUCAAGUACGGGACAAGCCAAGUUUGGGGAUUCUAACAACUGCAGAUCGAAUAAGCCUUGCCAACCAGAAAAGAGAAUGUGGUAACUUCCACUUUGAGCGUGAAGAGUAUAGAAGUGCCAUGCACUCCUACAGUCAGGCUCUAAGCAUCCUCACUCCCACCACUGCAGACCCAUUGAGCUCAGAGGAAGAAGAGGAGAUUCGUGAGCAUCGAAUCAAAUGUCUCAAUAACCUGGCAGCCACCCAGCUAAAGCUACAUCACUUUGAUGACGUGCUUAACUCUUGCAAUGCUGUGCUAGAAAUGGACCAGGCCAAUGCAAAAGCACUUUAUAGGAAAGGCAAGGUGCUAUCAGAGAGAGGACAAUAUGAAGAGGCCAUGCCAAUCCUGAAACAAGCGCUUAAAUUGGAACCAACUACCAAGGCUAUCCAUGCUGAACUUUCUAAACUGGUGAGGAGACAACGAGGACAGCCUGAAGUCAACAAAUCCCCAGUAAGAGCUAAAUCCAAAGCUCAUCUAAAGCUUAGGGAGGACUUAAAUCCGCUUAUUCGUCACAGCACAAAGCAGAAUGUUUCCCAUCGGAUGCUGAUAAUUGGUGCCCUCGUAGCUGCUGUGCUUAGUUUUGUGACAGCGUUAACCCUUAUACGGGAAAGCUGAAGGAUAAUACUGGAUACUUUUAUAAUUAUCUUUCUAUUUAUAAAGUGUGAGCUAUCCAGUGAUGGAGGAGGCAAGAAUAAUAACUGCAAUAUAGACCAAGGCAUGUGGCUACUGGGUUAUAGCUAUUGGAGCCUGCAUCAAACUUUGCAACACACUGCAGAAACUACUCUUCCUACAAGUAAUGGAUGGUCCUUUUUAUAUAUCAGCGAGGGGUCUCACUGUAGAUUUUAGCUUAUACCUGGCUAUUACAGAUGGAAUUUGUAGGCAUGCGGUGUUCAGACCAAAGCCUAAAAAGUGGAUUGCAAGCAAAAUGGCCACCCAUGAAUAAGGUGCACCCCCAAUGCACAUUGGCUUUCAGUAUUUUACAUGGUUUAUAAAGUAGGAUUCGAAAUAUCAACAAAUGUCCAUAAUACACUGGCAGACUACAUCUUAUCUUGUUUACUGUGCUAUUUUUUCUUAACAGAAUAUGUAUAGUUCUGGUAUGUUUAUCUGGUUGAAAUAAUCAGUACAUAGAAAAAACUCCAGUAUAACUAAUGUACUGUAUGUCCAAGUAAAUUCAUCAGAAUAUGUAUAAUGUUCAGGCAUUAGAAGCUGAAGCUACUGGAGCAUCUAAAUAGUUUAUGGGGUUUAUGUCCAUAAAUACCAUAUUUACAUCAAAUAAAUGAAGGCAAAUGA